CCUGGCAACACAUGCUGCUCGUCAGGGGGUCCAAGUAUUACCAUAACCAUCGUCAUCAUCAUAGUUAUAUAACAUAACUGGGAGUCAGGGGAAGAAAGAAAAAGUAUUUUUGCACAUUCCCAGAAAGGUCUGAAUGCUUUUCCGGCUCACUUUUAUCUGUAAAAAUCUCCAGAAUGCUACAAGGUAGAAUUCAAACCUGCAAACUAAAGAUAGUGAACUGAUGCAGCAGAGUCCACAAACAGCCUAGACCUCCGCUGUUUAGUGUCAACAUCCCCUGGCUCCAGCCGCCCCUCACCUUUACCUGACUCCCAUAUUUACAUAUUUCUACUUUCUACAUUCCCUUGUUGCUCACUGGUAACGCGCCUCUAGGUUUCCAGAACUUUCUUCGAAGUCGAGCUCAUUACAGCGAUGGUAAAAUUACAAUCCAAAAGAAGUUCCAGCUCAACACUCUCUAAAGAUCUGGACGUUAGAGUGCCCUAAAUAUGCUGAAUGGUAGGAGGGGACGCGCCUGUACUUCCACUUCUGCUCUACGAUGGCAGUUCACUAGCAAGGGAAAAGCAGAAGACAGAAUGGACCUUAUCCUUCCUACUUCUCAGCUCCAUGACAGUGAUGACCAACACCUCAACCGUCAGCGUGAGGCAGUUCAACACGGACCCAAACUAAAGCCUGCAGGUUACUGAGCAGCCAUUAGCCGCUGAUCUGCAUCAAUGAAACAGAAGACAUGUUUAUGGCGCUCCAGGUCCCCCAACGCCAACACGGCCCUGGUUCCCCUGAGGCCAUGACACAUGACCACAACAUCAACAUGGAGGAAUACUCUGAGCGCCACCACAACCUGACGGCACCGCUCAACAGCUCUCUGAGGGCCGUCUCCAUCAUCCUGCAGGAGCCUUCAGGGGAGGACCACUACCUCCUGGGCCUCGUGCUGUCCUGCCUCUACACCGUGCUCCUCUUCCCGCUGGGCUUCGUGGGGAACGUCCUCAUCCUCGUGGUCAACCUCAGCCCCGGCGGCGCUCUGAGCGCGCCCGACCUGUACUUCGUGAACCUGGCGGCGGCGGACCUCAUGCUGGUGUCCGACUCGCUGAUCGAGGUCUUCAACCUGAAGAGGGGCUACUACGAGAACGCGGCGCUGUGCACCUUCAUGGCGCUCUUCCAGCAGGUCAACAUGUACAGCAGCGUCUUCUUCCUGACCUGGAUGAGCUUCGACCGCUGCAAGGUGCUGACGGGCGCGCCGGGCCGGCGGCCACCCGCCGCCCAGGCCCGGCUGAGCUGCUGCCUGGUGUGGGUGUCGUCCGGCCUGCUGACCGUGCUGCCCUUCGCCCUCGCCCACGCCCAGCACCGCGGGGAGCUGCACUUCUGCUUCGCCAACGUGUCCCAGGUGCUGUGGCUGGAGGUGACGCUGGGCUUCCUGCUGCCCUUCUGCGUGCUGGGGGUCUGCUACGGGAGGAUCGCGCUGAGGCUCCUGCGGAGCCGGCGGGGGCCCAGCGGCCCGCAGCAGUGGCCCCGCCGGCUGAAGGCCCUCAGGAUGAUCUCCGCCGCCGUCCUGGUCUUCUUCCUCUGCUGGCUCCCGGAGAACGUGUUUGUGUGCGUGCACCUGCUGCGUGGGCCGGCGGGGGGGCGUGGCCUGGCGGGGGGGCACCGCAGCGUGUGGCAGGACUACCCUCUGGCCGCCCACGUGGUCCGCCUCGCCGCCUUCUCCAACAGCUGCCUGAACCCGCUCAUCUACAGCUUCCUGGGGGAGACCUUCCGGGACCGGCUCAGGCUCUUCCUGAAGCAGCGCCGGGCGUCCGGCCACCAGAGCCCCCAUCGCCUGCCCCCAACCCCCGGGCCGCAGCUACAGCGCUCCAAUCAGCUCUCCAAGAUAUUCAUCUACCCUCAGAAGACCCUCAAAGACCCCCCUGAGGGCUAGAACUCUCUCUGGGGAUUCGUUCUGCUUCAGGGGUCCUGCUGCUGCUGUUUAUUGUUGCGUUUGCAUUUCAGUCCCUUUUUGAGUUUUCUUAGUGCAUGCUUUUAAAUCUUCAUUCAUUGUUUAGAGAAGUUGUACACCCGAUCGCAAGUUGAAUGAGUAAUUGUGGUUAUUAUUGGGAAAUUAGUAUUCUACAAAUCCGAUUUUGCAGGACUGAUAAGCUGGCACAAUAAACUGACAAUAAUCAUG